CAUUCACUUCAGUACUUUAUAACAACAAAUAGUGAACAUUAGUAUUAGAGUACGGAAAAUAUUAGUUCGAAAAUUCGAAAUAUUCAUCACGGGAAAGAUGAUAUUUGUGGGUUUCUUGCUGCUUUCUGUGAUUGGUGGAAGUCGGGCUCUACCAGUAGAUGAACGGCAGGAAGACGAUCCUGAACUAACUGCUGGCUACUUUGAAGGUGAUAUUGUGUUGGACGCGUCCCCACGUAAUGGCGUAAGGACUGGAUCCCGUUGGCCCGACGCUAUUGUCUAUUAUAAAUUUAUGGAUGGAUUUUUUGACAAGAAACAGAUAGAUUUUAUUAAACAUGCCAUGAAAACUAUAGAAGAAGAUACUUGCGUUCGCUUCAAAAAGGCCGGCGAUAAUCAACCAUAUUUCAUCAACAUAACAGGCACCCCGGAUGGCUGUUUCUCCCAUGUUGGAUAUGAUAAUAAAGUUCAAGCGUUCAAUCUGAAACCGUAUCCCGUAGAAGAGGGCUGCUUUCGUUUGGGUAGCAUAAUGCACGAAUUGAUGCACACACUCGGUUUCCAUCAUAUGCAGAACACUUAUAACCGUAACAAAUAUGUGCAUAUUAAAAAGAAAAAUAUUAAAAAAGGCCAUCGACAUAAUUUUAAAAGAUAUGGAAGGAAACAUAUUGAAGAUUUUGAAGCAAAAUACGAUUACGGUAGUAUUAUGCAUUAUAAAAAGCGUGCUUUCUCGAAGAACGGCGAAAAGACUAUAGUGCCACGGAAGAAAGUGAAGAAGGGUGAAAUGGGUCAGCGCGAAGCUUUAAGUAAAAUUGAUAUUUACAAAUUGAAUAAAAUGUAUAAAUGUAAGAAAAAGCAUUAAUUAACUGUGUUGUUGUUGGUGUAAGUGGUUCCAUUUAAUAUAUGCGCAUAUAUAUAUAUAUAA